AUGGAACAAUCGCGUGAGUACGUAAUUCAAUACGGAGCGACUCGAUGCUCACACGGCGACGGUUGGACGUUGACUGAACGGCGCGCGAAGGAAUACGCACGCGGGGAGGGGGUACGCACUCACGCAACGGAGGCAGCCAAUCGGCUGCGUGGGUCGCGCGCACCCCCGCUCCUCAAUUCCGCCCCGCGGUCUCCGUCACCUCAGAAUCGAUGCCCUAUAUUGCAUUAA